AUGUGGAAUUUUUUGGCGCGCAACAAACAAGCCGCAGCAAUGCUAGGCUUACUAUCGGUAGCCGCCGUGGUGACUAUUAUUCUCACCACGAAGGGCGUCUCCCAUGCACUGGCCAACCAUGGAAUGGACGAGACUGAAGAUAUUAGCCCUGCAGCUCAUAUUUUCUCAACUUACAACCUCCCAGCAAACGACAAGUUUAUGCCAUCUAUCGGGAAUGGACACAUAGCCACUAACAUCUUCAGUGACACAGUUUACAUCAACGGUCUGUAUAGCGGACCAGCAGGCCACAGUCACCGGGCAAGAAUCCCUGCCUGGGCAAACAUUAGACUGAAUUCAACAUUGACACAUCAUCCAUAUAGUCCAGUGUAUAGCCUUGAUACGAGGGAAGGAGUAUUUAAAGUAAGAGUGGACAGAGAUAGGUCUGUAGUGACCCAGAGGAUUUACGCUCAUAAGUUUUACACGAGAGCGAUUGUGAACCAGAUUCAAGUCGAUUCUAAGACGCAUUAUGAUCCCAACUUCGUCAACAAGGAGAUCUGGAUAGCGAUUAAAUUAAUGCCGGGUGAAACCAGCAAAGACAUCGAUUUUAAUGAUCCAAUACCUGAAAUCAUCGGAGGUCGAACGAUUUGGCAUUCUUGUGGCAAGACCAGGGAGUCCGAAGAUUUGACAUAUCAACCUCUUCCCGUGGAUGUUUGCGCUUACUGGACCUCGGCGCCAGAUCACCUGGUGGUACCCCAGCAUGGAUCCAGAGUUUUUACUUUCGCUAUGACAGCGGAUAAGAAUAAGACGACAGCAAAAGAAGAGCUAGUCAAAGUUUUGCAGGAGGACGGCGAAGUGCUGUUUCAGAAACACGUGGAAGAAUGGCGCAAACUCUAUGACCAAGGUGGCAUUGAUAUUGAAGGAAACCUAGAUUUGGCGAAGAUAGUAAACGGCAUAUGGUACUACUUCUUGAGUUCUCUGCCUUCGGAAGAGUCGCACUACCCUCUCGACAAAUAUUAUGGACUUAGUCCUACUGGUCUUGCUAGAGGAGGAACUUUUGAGGAUUAUGAAGGUCAUAAUUUCUGGGAUACAGAAACUUGGAUGUUCCCGCCUAUCUUAUUGUUGUAUCCUCGAUACGCAAACGAAUUAUUACAAUACCGCCUUGAUAAGGCAUACGUGGCCGCAGAACUCGCCAAGACCACAGGCCAUAAAGGUUAUAGAUUCCCUUGGGAGAGUGCCUACACAGGAGUUGAAGUGACGCAGCCAUGUUGCCCCGACGUCGCCACAUAUGAGCAGCAUGUCAGUGGCUGUAUAUCGUUUGCAGUCAGACAGUAUCUCGCUACGACCAGAGAUGAGGAAUGGUUAAAGCAUGGCGGUUGCGACAUUGUGACAAAUAUAGCGGACUUCUGGGCGUCUCGCGCUGUCAUCAAUUACAACACCGGAUUGUACGAUAUUUCAAAUGUCAUGGGCCCAGAUGAAGACCACAGAAACGUUAACAACUCUGCAUUUACCAACGUUGUUGCUGGAUACUCGCUUUACCUAGCACAAUAUGUUGCCUGCCUCUGUAAAUCCUACUACAUGGCAAAAGAGCCGGACCACUGGGCCGACAUCGCAUGGAGUCUGGCGUUGCCCUAUGACUCUGAGCACGACUACCAUCCUCAGUUUACAGGAUAUACAAGAGGGGAGGAGAUCAAACAAGCUGAUGUCGUUCUAUUGGGCUUUCCUCUGCAGUAUACUAUGAACUCCUCCACUCGGCAGAACGAUCUGGAUUACUAUGAGUCGGUAACUCGAAGCAGUGGUCCCGCUAUGACAUGGAGCAUGCACACAAUCGGACAUUUGCAAAUGGACGAUGGAAAAGCUGACAUCAGUUUCAAUAAAAGCUACGAAGGUUUUGUUAGAGAACCCUUUAAGGUAUGGUCAGAACUUCGACGACCGGACAUAGGGGCAACAAACUUUUUCACUGGAAUGGGCGGUUUCCUUCAGACACUGAUCUUUGGGUACGCUGGUAUCAGUAUACACUUGGACAGACUGGAGAUUAAUGAAGCUCGUCUGCCACCCAACGUGAAUAAAUUUACGAUUAGAGGUAUAAAGUAUUUGGGUUCAAACCUGACAUUAGAAAUCCAGCCAAACAGCACCAAGUUGAGCGUCAUAUCAGUAGAUGACAGUUGGCCACUCGUUCUACACGAUACAAAAUACAACAUCGUGUUGGCACCCGGAAUUACAGCUUUAUUACCUGGGCGCGGUCCGUUCACGAUUCAUUCUGAUCCUUGGAAGUCAUGCAAGCUACCUGCCGACGUCAUCGGACAAAACUAUUUAAGGCCUAUUCUAACAUAA